UACUAGACUAGGCAAUGCCUAGGCUAUUUAAUGAGAAUACAUUUAAUGAGAAUUUUACCCGAGUCUAGGCUCUGGUUUGCUGGGUCCUAUUAGUAUUCCUGUCCUAUGGGUGUGCAGUGUUGCUAGCCACGUCAGGCCUGUAGCAACUGCUUGUCUCCUGCCUCACCAAGGCAAGGUUAGAUACACUCGGCUGAAGACACUCGAAGAAAAGACCUUGGGAACAAAUUCAACAUCUUGGCAACCAGGAAUUGCUUUCCUCUCUGUUUCGAGAAGGCCUAGUGAUGAAGCAAGUGUUAUCAUUGCCUGAAGUUACAGAGCUUUCUUUAUUUGGACGUUUCGCGACAUUUUUGCUUUUCCAAAAGGGAAUGUUUGCAUAGCUACAUUGCCGAAUACCCUCCUCAAGCCGUAUUCUCCGUGUUUAAUGGAAACAAUUAUAAGAAAUGGUUGCAUUUUGCGAAUACCAGUGAUUGCUUUCUACAGACCAUCACAGCUGCGGUGCGCGAGGAAGGACGCCUCAGCUUGUUGGACCCCGGGUCGCGUGUGUGUAUAGGCUACGGUUACCGUAUACCAUCAGUUGGACUGCUGGAGUGAAGGUGACUCGCGCCCCCUUUGCAGUCGAUGCAAUGCGGAGAGGAGUCGCAGGCGCUCAUCCGGUACUUCUGCGCUCUGACGGCAGCCUGCAAAAAUAUAUUAUUCUUCUUAGACGGUAGAGAGAGAGAGAGAGAGAGAGAGAGAGAGAGAGAGAGAGAGAGAGAGAGAGAGAGAGAGAGAGAGAGAGAGAGAGAAAGAGAGAGGGAGAGAGAGCAGUAAUACACCACAGAUAAACUAUCUAUCCUAUCCGUUUUAGGAUAUAUCCUACUGGAGAGGUUUUGACACCACAAACGAUAGAUAGAACAGGAUAUCGGCCAAUAGGUGGUGGUGGAGUUUAGGGGGACGUAGAUUAACAACGUUCUGUAUUAGAGCUGUUUUAUUAGUGGAUGUGUAUGCAUGAGUUCUGCACCGAAUGGGCGCAAGAACCGCCCCAGAUCCGCCGGGAACAUCUUCCAGAUCGGCAAGGCUCCCUGCCGAGACCCGGAGAGGAGGGAGAGCACGGAGAGCACCCGCAAAGCCCAGCGCGCCGUGGCGGACUGCAGAAUGAUUGUGCAGGAGUUUAACACGCUUGUGGCGCUGUAUCGUGAGCUGGUCAUCUCCAUUGGCGAGAUCUCUGUCGACUGCCCGUCGUUACGGGCCGAGAUGCACAAGACCCGAACUAAAGGCUGCGAGAUGGCGAGAGCCGCAAACCAGAGCCUGUCAGUCAUUUCGGGGCCUGAGGACGGAGAGAUUCACCCAGAGAUCUGCAGGCUCUUCAUCCAGCUGCAGUGCUGUCUGGAGAUGUACAUCACAGAGAUGCUCAAGUCUGUCUGUCUGCUGGGAUCCCUGCAGCUCCACAGGAAAGGGAAGGAUUGCUGUGGGCCUCCCAGGAUUGACGGUAAGGUGGAUGAGAGCUCAGACAUCCCCAUUCUAGAAGACACCUCCUCCCCAAUGGACUGUCAUCAGCUCUGCUGGCUGGUCACCACAGACAUAGACAAUACUGAGAGGGACAUGAGAGAGAUGAAGAACCUUCUCAGUAAACUCAGGGAGGCGAUGCCUUUGCCACUGAAGAACCAAGAUGACAGCAGCUUGCUGAACCUAACUCCCUACCCACUGGUCCGACAGAGGAAGAGACGGUUCUUUGGGCUCUGUUGCCUGGUAACCAGCUAAGGGGCCUGCCCUCCUGGGUUGAAGGCAGGAACGGUAAUGCUUAAGUUGAAGUGUUGUUCAUGGCACAUCCAUAAAAGUGUCCUAUGCACAUCAUAAUUCAAGUGUCAAAAGACAAGCUAUAAAAGCUUUGUCAACUGGAAUGACAUACAGUAUUUGCAUGUCACGACCAAUAUAUUUAUUUGCAUUAUGACAUGGUGUCAUAAGAUAUUGACAGUUAUCAUAACAGUGCCCUAUAAAGGAAAGAGCAUAGAAUUAAAUAUUUUGUCAUGUGUCAUGGGCAACACUGCACGUAAAGUGCUACUGCGGCAACAAAGACACCAUUAACCACAAUCCUUCACCACUUGUGUCUCCCACCACUAUAUUACUGCCAUGUCCAAUAUCCAAUACAGUUCUCUCUUUGUUGAAAAGGCUACCCCAUUUUAUAAUUUUAUUUUGUAAUACAAAGAUAAAUUGUAAUUGCAAUGUAAUGAAACCAAUAGUCAAAACAUAUAUUUUAAAUGUUUUGCAACUGCUUUUCUUUUCAUUUGGUACAGAAGUCCAACCUUUUCGUUUGGUACAGAAGUCCAACCUUUUCGUUUGGUACAGAAGUCCAACCUUUUCGUUUGGUACAGAAGUCCAACCUUUUCGUUUGGUACAGAAGUCCAACCUUUUUGUUUGGUACAGAAGUCCAACCUUUUCGUUUGGUACAGAAGUCCAACCUUUUCGUUUGGUACAGAAGUCCAACCUUUU